AUACUUUUAAUUACAUUUUUAAUAAAAUACAAAAAAAAAAAAAAAAAAAAAAAAAGCGAAAGCUCCGUCCCUCCUUCGUCCUCCUCUUCCCAGAUUUCUCACACCGGAGCUGCUCAGUCGUCGGCGUCGCGCAGGGCAGGUCGGUCGGCGGCCUCAAGCUAUUGAAUCCCUCAAUCUCCUCGCCGGAAAUAUAAGCUUCUGAGAUCCGAGUUUGAAGAAGCAGGGUUGAAAGUUGAAGUGUCACAGCGAAAAAACAAAAAUGCAAGACUGUGAUUCAUCAGGCAUAGAUCAAAGGUUUCAAGUUCGAAGGCUAGAACUCUUGGACAAAAGAAAAGGUUUCAUAGAGCUAUUGCAACAACUAACUGUUUGUGAUUCUGUAACUGACAAGGACUUUGAAGAUAGAUUUAAAGAGUUGAGCUCCCUUGGAGAUGAUCAUGUUAUUGCUGUUAUAGAAGAUGAGCAAUCUGGGAUGAUUGUUGCGACUGGGAGUGUGUUCAUUGAAAAGAAGUUCAUAAGGAAUUGUGGUAAAGUUGCACAUAUUGAAGAUGUUGUUGUUGACGCCAACACUCGUGGGAAGCAAUUGGGAAAGAAAAUUGUUGGAUUCCUUACCGAUCAUGCUUGCUCAACGGGGUGUUACAAGGUGAUUCUUGAUUGCAAUGUUGAUAAUAAAACAUUUUAUGAAAAAUGUGGUUUCAAGCAGAAAGAAGUUCAGAUGGUGAAGUAUUUCAUUUGAAAAACAUUUGCCUCUAAUUUCAAAACAUCAUCUUUUGAGUUUUUGAGCCUUACUGAGAAAUUAGUUUUAGUUUGAAUAAGUCUCUUCUAGAAAUGAGGAACCCUGACUACACUGCACAAAUCAAUAUUGGCUUUUCUUUGUUUAUUACCAUUAUUCAUAUUCUUUGCUUACAUAAAAAUCAGAAUAGCUUCAUUCUAGAUCUUGCAAGUACCAUCUCUAUAAUUUGUGCAAAACAAACAACAUUGAAUCAGGUCUUUCGAUCUAUUAUUUAUGCUAAUAAAUUUGUCAUUACAAA